AUGUCAGAUUCCAACACAACCGACUUCACCAACCCCUCCACCUUCAUCCUGCUGGGCAUUCCUGGCCUGGAGGCAGCUCAUAUCUGGAUCUCGAUCCCCUUCUGCACCAUGUACGCCAUAGCCAUCUUGGGGAACUUCACCAUCCUUUUCAUUGUGAAGAGGGAGCCAAGCCUCCAUGUGCCCAUGUACUAUUUCCUCUGCAUGCUGGCCAUCACCGACCUGGUUCUGUCUACAUCCUCUAUGCCCAAAAUGCUGAGCAUCUUCUGGUUCAAUUCAAGGGAGAUCGAUUUCAGUGCCUGCCUCACUCAGAUGUAUUUCAUUCACUGCUUCUCAGCGAUGGAGUCUGGAAUCCUCGUGGCCAUGGCUUUGGAUCGCUACGUGGCCAUCUGCCAUCCCCUGAGACAUUCCACUAUCCUGACAAACCCUGUGGUGGCCAAGAUCGGCCUGGCCGUGGUGCUGCGUGGCAUCAUGCUAAUACUGCCCUAUCCCUUCUUGGUGAGGCAUUGGACAUAUUGCAGAACUAACAUCAUCCCCCACUCGUACUGUGAGCACAUGGCUGUGGUUCAACUGGCCUGUGCUGACAUCCGUGUCAGUAGUUACUAUGGCCUCUUUGUGAUAUUCUUGUUGACUGCUCUGGAUGUGUUUUCUAUUGCUGUGUCCUAUACCCAGAUCCUCAGGGCCAUCUUUAGCAUCCCCACAAAGGACGCCCAGCUCAAGACCUUUGGGACCUGCAGCUCCCACCUCUGUGUCAUCUUAACCUCUUACAUCCCAGGUCUCUUCUCCUUCUUCACACACCGGUUUGGCCACAAUGUGCCCCUGCAUUUCCACAUUCUCAUAGCCAACGUGUACCUCCUGCUGCCCCCCAUGUUAAACCCCAUCAUCUAUGGGGUGAGGACCAAACAGAUAUGGAACAGGGUGCUAAGGCUCUUUACUCAUCAAGGGACGUAA